CAGCAACAAGUCACUUUCACUCCAUUUGUUCCCAUUGGCCUAUAGAAAUUACGGCAAACUUGGGAAAAUGACGGGCAAGAAGAAAGAGGCGACUUUGCAGGUUUCUGUCAUUAACCAAGAGCAGUGGGAGGAGGUUCUUGCAACCAAAGGCUUAGCAGUUGUGGAUGUUUACCAACAAUGGUGUGGUCCCUGUCGAGCUGUGCUUAGUCUCCUACGAAAAAUAAAGAAUGAACUCGGGGACGACCUCUUACAUUUUGCCACUGCCGAGGCAGACAGCAUUGAUGCACUGGAGAAAUAUAGAGGAAAGUGUGAACCCACCUUCCUUUUUUAUGGGGGUGGGGAGCUGGUGGCUAUGCUGCGAGGGGCCAAUGCUCCUCUCCUUCAGAGGAUGAUCGUAGAAGAACUGGCAAAGGAGAAGUCAGUGCUGGAGCAAGGCGGUGAACGUAAAGUAAUAAAUUAUGUCCUGGAUAAUGAGAAGAUAGAAGAGGAGGUUGUGCAUCUUCAUUCUGAGGAUGGAGAAAACAUAAUAGUUCCUGCCAGUAAGUCCUACACUGUCGCCAUCAUCAAACCGGAUGUAGUGGCUCACGGCAAGGUUACUGAGAUCAUUAUGAAGAUUCAAGACGCAGGGUUUGAAAUCCUGGCCCAUGAUGAACGUUUGCUCACUGAAGUGCAGGCGCGAGAAUUUUACCAGCACAAAAGCACAGAGGAUUGUUUUGAAGACCUGGUGCAAUUUAUGUCCAGCGGGCCCUCCCACAUUCUGGUGCUUUGUCAGCUUGGGGACUCAGCCAGUGUGGUGCAAGCCUGGCUUGACUUCAUCGGCCCUACAAACAUAGAAGAAGCCAUGAGAGAGAAGCCAGAAAGCUUGAGGGCACAAUACGGCACACAGACGCUGUUCAACGCAGUGCAUGGCAGCGAGGACAGCGACCGGGCCAGCAGGGAGCUUGCUUUCUUCUUCCCCAACAUUAGCACAGCCUCGGGAACGGAGCAGGAUGCGGAGGAAGAGCGUGUAGAGAGGACGCUGGCUCUCAUCCGGCCUGACGUUGCCAGGGAAAACAGAGAGGAGAUUAUGGACCGGAUAAACAAGUCGGGCUUCAAAGUAUCUCUCCAAAGAGAAACGUUGCUUACAGAAGAGCAAGUCAGACAGUUUUACGUCCAACGUAUUGAGAAGGAUUACUUUCCUGCACUGCUGCAAAGCAUGACCAGAGGACCAGUGCUGGCUUUGGCUCUCACCAGAGAAGAUGCUGUACAACAGUGGAAAGACAUGCUUGGUCCUUCUGAUGUUACAAGAGCUAAGGAGGAGAACCCUGAAUGUCUUAGGGCCCAGUUUGCUGUGGGAGAGCAUCUAAUCAAUCAGCUGCAUGGUAGCGAAAGUGUUGAGGAGGCCUACCGGGAAAUCACCUUCUUCUUCCCUGUACAGCAAACGCUGGCGGUGAUCAAACCCGACACCAUGGAGGAACACAAAGAAAAGAUUUUGGAGGAGAUCCGUGAAAGAGGGUUCUCAGUCAGCCGUCUGGAGGAGAAGCUCCUGUCCAGGGAGACAGCAGAGGUGUUUUACGAAAAACACAGAGACCAGCCUUUCUUCAACCAGCUGGUGGAGUUCAUGUGUGGGAGUACCUGUCUGAUGAUGGUCUUGGAAAAGGAGAAUGCUGUGGAAGAGUGGAGAGCUAUGAUGGGCCCCACAGAUCCCGACCAAGCUAAGGUGAUAUCCCCGAACUCUCUGAGGGCUCGCUUGGCCUCUGAUGUCCUCCACAACUGUGUGCACGGCUCAUCAAGUCAGCAUCACGCCGAGGAGGAGAUUAAAUUAGUCUUCGGUUGCAUGCCAGAGCUCACAGAUGAAGACAGUUUAGAUGAAAAGACAACAGGUCCACAUGAUGUCUCUCCUGAGAACUAUCAACAUCAUCAAGAAGAACAUGAAUCAAAUACACACCGUCUUCAAGCUGGAGUAAAUGGAGGUCAUGAAGAAGCAUCACGAUGAUUCCCCGCACUUUUCUUAUCUUCGACAUUCAGCCAUGAAAUCAUGAAAUAAACCUGACGAGAGGUCCUCAAUA